AACCCCCGCUGACCAGAAAAGAAGAGGUCGCGAGUACGAGUAAGCAAAACCCCUCGGCCCCCCCUCUCCCUCUCUCUCUCUCUCUCUCUGCUCUCUGUUCGGACAAAGCAAACGCUAGGCUCGAAGAUGCCGGAAACCAAAGCGGAAAGCCCGAGCAAGAACGCGAAGAAGGCGAAUCUCUUGGAUCAGCACUCCAUCAAACACAUUCUCGAUGAGUCCGUCUCCGAGAUCGUCAAGAGCCGGGGGUACGUGGAAGAUGUGCGGAUGAGCAACGUGAGGCUGUUGAUCGGGACGGUCAUCAUCGUCAUCGCUCUCUUCGCUCAGUUCUACAAGAAGAAGUUCCCCGAGAACAGGGACUUCUUGAUCGCCUGCAUCGUAUUGUAUAUUGUUUUCAAUGGUAUGUUGCAGCUGCUCAUAUAUACCAAGGAGAAGAAUGCCAUUAUGUUUACCUAUCCACCUGUGGGCUCCUUUAACAGCACUGGACUGAUGGUGUCUUCAAAAUUACCAAGAUUCUCCGACUUGUACACACUUACCAUAGCGAGUGCAGACACGAAGUCAAUUUCAGCAAACAAGCCAGUGGAAUUAACUAAGAGCGUCACUCAGUGGUUCACCAAGGACGGGAUUCUGGUGGAGGGUCUCUUCUGGAAAGAUGUUGAAGCACUAAUAAACGAGUACAACAAAGAGCCAAAGAAGAGCAAAUGAUUGGUAGGCUUGUAGCUUAUCACCUCCUUCAACAGGAGAGAGAACUUAGACAGGAAUUUGAUUACUUGAUUAUCCGCAAAGUGAACGCAAAUGGUCACUUACAGAAUGAUUUCGACUUCUGAUAUUUUUUGGGAGCAAAGUGAAGUAGAUUUCAAACUUUCC